UUCCUCGCGACGCCUCCCCUCCGUCGCCGCACUCCGGCAUUUCUCCCGCUCGGCUCAGCCCCCACCACGCGGCUGCAGCGAGCGAGCGCGCGAGCCAAAUGGGAGCUCCCACCCCUCUCCCGCCCCAACCCGAUAACUCCCCACGACACAAGCGCUGACUCCCUCCCGUGACCUCCGCCUCCCGCCCGCCGACGCCGCGCGGGCGAGGAGAAGGUGCCCGUACGACUACGGGGUCCAGCCGAGUCCGGGGCAUCGGCACCUCCAAGCUCCAAUCUCAGCGCUGCAUCCUCGGCAUGUCCCCGUACCCUAGCCCCGGGCCGUGAUUUGGUUUGAUUGGACGCGUUAAUUAUUCGUUGGAGGCGAUGAAGGUGGGGACUAGGGAGUGGGAGGAAAGCAGCAGUCAUUUGCCAAAUAACUGUACUGUAAGUCUGUAAGAGAAACACGACAGCCCAGCAGGUUCACAAAUAAGCGUUCGUUCAGGAUGGUUCUCUUGGAGAUUCGGUGGGACAUGAUAGAUGUCCCGUCGAGGGCAUAUACCGCCGCUACUCGUUAGUAUCAUCAUGUUAUGGAUUCAAUUUUGUCGAGCACCUCCUUUUAAGAUUCUCAGAUAGUUCAUCUCUGAACAAGUUCGAUGACGGGGAUAGCUUGUUAAUUAAUUUCACCGCAAGGGCGACAAAGACAGACCGAGUCUUCCGCGUCAUGGCAUGCCCACUUCUUGUCCAUGAUAACUGACCUGGCACUUUGCCGAGUCAACUAAGCUGUGCUUGGGCUUAUGACAGUGUACUUCCUGAACCAUACAGCCAACCGCGACGUAUGACGUAUACAAAUAUUUAUGUUUUUUUGUUCAUUGAUGGCGGAGAAAUAAUGGCUCUUUUCGUUCAUCUGGGGCAUGGAUAGAACCAAGCCAAACAAGCCGGCCCUGAAGUCAAAGUCAAGAAGAAGUUUCAACUCCCUUACCCUUCUAACAUAUAUCUAAGCGCACACACGCAAAGCAUUUAACCAACAUACUCCAUCACAACAAGAACGGAGACAUGGCUCCUCAAGUUUUUCACACCCAAUCUCUGAUUGCUCCAUCCCACCAUGCACUGUUUCUUCUCUGUGCCAUCCUCAUAUUUCUGUCCUCCAACACAAUAGUAUCCACAUCAGCACAAGCUAGCAACAAAUCCGAGAGUGACCGGCAAGCUCUUCUCUGCUUCAAAUCUGGCAUCUCCAGGGAUCCUGCCGGUGUUCUUGGAUCAUGGCGCAACGACUCACUUCACUUCUGCAGCUGGCAAGGGGUCACCUGCAGCACGGCCACCCCAAUCCGUGUCGUGUCCAUCCAAUUCAGGUCUAUGCAGCUCACGGGAACACUAUCCAGUUGCAUAGCAGCCCUUAGUUCUCUAGUACAGAUCAACCUUCCAAGCAAUCAAUUUUCUGGAAGAAUACCUGAUGAGAUAGCUGAGCUUCAGAGCCUCCAAACCCUGAAUCUUGCGGGGAACAAACUUGCAGGUAACAUACCUCUGUCAGUAGGUGCGUCUGCAUCUCUUAGAUAUGUCAACCUUGCAAACAAUUCUCUUAGCGGAGCUAUCCCUGAUUUCUUAGCAAAUAGUUCGUCACUCAGUGAGAUAAUCCUCUCGCGUAAUGACUUAUCUGGGGUGAUCCCAGCUAGUUUGUUCAACUCAUCCAAACUUCGCCGUGCUGAUCUUCGGUGGAAUGCUCUCUUUGGGGCUAUCCCGCAUUUCCAAAAGAUGGGAGCUCUGCAAUUUCUCGGUCUUACAUGGAAUUCACUUUCUGGUACUGUACCAACAUCUUUAGGCAAUGUAUCAUCCUUGCGUUCCCUCCUGCUAGCACAAAACAGCUUAUCAGGAUCAAUUCCAGUAACGUUGGCUCGAAUUCCAAACCUAACAAUGCUAGAUCUAAGUUACAAUAGAUUAUCUGGAAGCAUACCUGAAGAGAUAGGUAAGCUUCAGAGCCUCCAAACCCUGAAUCUUACAGUCAACAGGCUUUCAGGUACCAUCCCUGGGGAGAUAGGUGAGCUUCAUAGCCUCCAAACUCUGAUGCUUGCGGACAACAUGUUUGCAGGUAACAUCCCUCUGUCAUUAGGUACAGCUGCAUCUCUUAGAUAUGUCAACCUUGCAGACAAUUAUCUUGGCGGAGCUAUCCCUGAUUCCUUAUCAAAUAGUUCAUCACUCAGUGAGAUAAUCCUCUCACGUAAUGACUUAUCUGGGGUGAUCCCAGCUAAUUUGUUCAACUCAUCCAAACUUGUUGCUGUUGACCUCCGGUCGAAUGCUCUCUCCGGGCCUAUCCCACAUUUCCAAAAGAUGGAUGCUCUGCAAUUUCUUGAUCUUACAGGGAAUUCACUUUCUCGUACUGUACCAGCAUCUUUGGGUAAUGUUUCAUCAUUGCGUUCCCUCCUGCUAGCACAAAACAACUUAGUAGGUCCAAUUCCAGAAACAUUGGCUCGAAUUCCAAACCUAACAAUGCUGGAUCUAAGUUACAAUAGCUUCUCGGGGCAUGUCCCAGCCACAUUGUACAAUAUGUCAUCACUCACAUUCUUUAGCCUACGCAACAACACAUUUAUUGGACAGAUACCUUCUGACAUUGGCCACUCACUUCCGAACCUUGAAACAUUGGCAAUGGGACUCAACCAAUUUCGUGGAUCGGUCCCAGAUUCUCUGACGAACAUGUCAAAGCUGCAAGCGCUUGAUCUUUCAAGCAACCUGCUGACUGGGGUGGUGCCAUCUCUAGGAUUCUUGUCAGACUUGAGCCUACUGCGUCUAGGAAACAACACACUCGAAGCUGGUGACUGGGCCUUCCUUACCUCUCUGACCAAUUGCAGUCAGUUGUUAAGUUUAUCAGUGGAUGAGAAUAUCCUGAAUGGAAGUUUGCCAAGGACAGUAGGCAGCCUUUCAACAAAGCUUCAGCGGUUAAGCUUUGGUAGAAACCAAAUUUCUGGAAACAUACCCGCAGAGAUAGGCAACCUUGUAGACCUCGCUCUGCUUGACAUGGGUCAGAACAUGCUCUCAGGACAAAUCCCCCCGAGUGUUGGGAACUUGAGCAACUUGUUUAUACUGGAACUAUCGAGGAAUAGAUUAUCAGGCCAGAUUCCAUCAACGGUUGGUAAUCUUCCUCAACUCGGGCAGCUUUAUCUUGAUGACAACAAUUUGUCUGGAAACAUACCAGCAACUAUAGGACAAUGCAAAAGACUAGCUAUGCUGAACUUAUCAGUCAACAACCUUGAUGGAUCCAUACCAAGAGAACUCCUCAAUAUAUCUUCCCUCUCAUUGGGUUUGGACUUGUCAAACAACAACCUGACUGGGCUUAUACCACAGGAAAUUGGUAACCUGAUUACUCUUGGCCUCCUUGAUGUUUCCAAUAACAAAUUAUCUGGUAGCCUUCCUUCUGAACUUGGCCGGUGUGUUACAUUGUUAUCCCUUCAAAUGGAAAGCAACAUGCUCAGUGGGAGUAUUCCUCAGUCUUUCAGUGCACUGAAGGGCAUACAGCAGAUAGAUCUGUCUGAGAACAAUUUAACUGGUCAAGUUCCACAGUAUUUCGGGAACUUCAGCAGCUUAAAUUAUAUUGAUAUAUCAUACAACAAAUUUGAAGGGCCAGUCCCAACUGGUGGUAUAUUUGGAAACACAACGGCAGUAUCCCUGCAAGGUAACACAGGGCUAUGUGAAACAGCUGCUGCUAUAUUUGGACUGCCCAUUUGCCCCACCACCUCAGCAACAAAAAGGAAGAUCAACACACGGCUGCUGCUGAUAAUAGGUCCACCAGUUACUAUUGCUCUGUUCUCAUUCUUAUGUGUUGCUGUCACUGUUAUGAAGGGGAGCAAAACUCAACCAACUGAAAACUUCAAGGAGACAAUGAAGAGAGUGUCAUAUGGUGACAUUCUUAAAGCGACCAACUGGUUCUCUUUGGUCAACAGGAUCAGUUCAAGUCAUACAGCAUCAGUCUACAUUGGUCGGUUUGAGUUCGAGACAGACCUAGUGGCCAUCAAGGUGUUCCAUCUUAGCGAGCAAGGUUCAAGAAAUGGCUUUUUCACCGAGUGCGAAGUGCUAAAACACACCCGCCACCGCAAUCUGGUUCAAGCUAUCACCAUGUGCUCCACAGUAGAUUUCGAGGGCGAUGAGUUCAAGGCUAUUGUAUACGAGUUCAUGGCAAACGGUAGCCUGGACAUGUGGAUACACCCAAGGGUUCACGGAGGCAGCCCAAGGAGGCUACUGAGCUUGGGUCAGCGGAUACGUAUUGCUGCUGAUGUAGUUUCUGCUCUGGACUAUAUGCACAACCAGCUUACACCUCCUUUGAUUCACUGCGAUUUGAAGCCAGGAAAUGUUCUGUUGGACUACGACAUGACCUCACGCAUCGGUGACUUCGGAUCCGCCAAGUUUCUCUCUUCAGGUAUUGGCGGACCAGAAGGCUUGGUUGGUGUCAGAGGAACGAUCGGAUAUAUUGCACCUGAAUAUGGGAUGGGAUGCAAGAUCUCGACAGGCGGUGAUGUGUAUGGUUUCGGGGUGCUGCUACUGGAGAUGCUCACGGCGAUGCGACCGACGGGCGCGCUAUGCGGCAACACCCUCAGCCUCCACAAGUAUGUCGACCUAGCUUUCCCCGAGAGGAUCAGUGAGGUUCUAGAUCCCGACAUGCCAUUCGAGGAGGAUCCGGCGGCUGCUUCCUUAUGUAUGCAGAAGUACAUCAUACCUCUGGUCAGUAUUGGCCUGAUGUGUACCAUGGAAUCACCGAAAGAUAGACCUGGGAUGCACGACGUUUGUGCCAAGAUUGUUGCCAUCAAGGAGGCAUUUGUCGAAACCUUUUGAUUAUGGCAACUAGUAGGAUGUGCAUGCAACUUGAUAUAUAGUACAGUUAUACAAAAUUAUAGCUAUAUCACUUGUAUAAUGUAACUGUAACCGUUUUAAUUAUGUAUCUGAUUA